AUGAGCAGCGAGCCGUUCACAGUCUUCGUUGCUGAUGACCUGGCGCUAGCGGACGUUGAGCACUGGCUGUCGUUCGACGAAGCCGUUCUGCCUCAUCCUCCGCCUUCCACCGACGACCCUCAUUCGCUGACGCAACUUCUCCCAGAUUUACCGUUUAUUCCCUCAGAUCCGUCCCUCGCUUUCUUGACAGACGACCUUGCUCCUCGCCCCUCGCCCUCCCGCCGUGGUGAUAUGGGGGUGGGCGGGCUCAGGGGGCCUUCCGCCGACCCUCCCUCCGCUCCGCCCCCGUGCAAGCUGCCUCGGCGCCCCCCGGACCUCUCCUCCCGCCUCGCCGCCGUGCUGCAAAACAUCAACCCGCCGCGCCCUGCGCCCUCCCCCUGGCAACCGGUUCCCUGCUUGCCCAAGCCGGGCCUUCCUUCUGCUGCCACUCCUGCAGCUGCAGCAGCAGCAGCUGCGAUUCCACCAGCAGCGGCAGCAGCAGCACCAGCAGCAGCAUCUGCAGUAGCAGCAGCAGCAGCAGUAGCGGUAGCAGUAGCUUGCGCAGUGUCUUCUCUAAAGGCGCCUGAGAGCAGGCUCGUGGUUGGAAGCAGCCGGGGAGACGCGAGUGGUUUCCUCGGCUCAACACUGCUCUCCUCUGCUGCUCGCACCAGCGACGCUGCUGCUUAUAGAUAUGACCAGCGAGUGCAGUGGCCAGCAGCCUUUUCAGACAAGACCGCAAUUCGCAAAAUUCGCGUCUGUGCAGCGCACAGCGACCCACUGAGCACUGAUCCGGACGGUGAAGAGAUUAGUGCAAGUGCAUCAAGCAGGGCGUUCUUUGCCGCCCCAGACAUCCCUGAAUUCGGCCCAGAGAGGCCCCUGCGAGUGGAUGUGUCGGGCAUGCUGCCACGGCCCAUGUGUGGCGCGAAAGAGGGCAUGCUGAAGCAGCAGCUCAUGGCUCUCGCUGAAGCCAUGGCCGUUGAUGACUCGGUGCGUGAGGCUGUUGGGGAUGGCAUGGCUUGUGUCACCCUAUCCCUCACCAUGCACACUCGUGAGCUGCAACCUAACGGAUCUGCUCACUCACACACCUCUCCGCUUCUUCCACUUCCCCCUGCCUCCCGCCCCUCCCCCCACCAGGUGCGGUGGCGGCAGUUCAUGCGGCAGGUGCGGAGGGAGGCGGCAGCGGGGGGAGACACGCUCCAGCGCAUCGCCUUCCACGCACUGGAGGCAUUAGAGGCGCGCAUGGAUGGCACUGCAAUCACUCGCUGGCGCUCCCCCUUGCAAAUCACCCUUCAGGUACUUACCCUCCUGACUCCUCACCUUCCCCCAUCCCCACCUACCUCCCUCCCCCCUUCCCUCCCUCUCCCCCUUGGCCCCUCUCCUUUUUCCCCACCUUCCCACCUCCCCUCCUCCCCACCUCCCCACCUCCCCCCUUUCCUCCCUCCCCCGUUUUACCAUUCCUGGUUCCCCACCCCAGCGAACGUUGUUAGACAUCUCUAA